AUGACUUCCGAUGCGCUACCCUCCAGCGACUGGGAUGCCAUCUCUCUCACUUCAACGAUAUCAAGUGAUCAGUGCUCCACAUACGAGGUCGAGACGAUCCUCGCGCAGAGAGACCUGGAAGAUGGCCCGCAGUACCUCGUGAAAUGGGCCAACUACGGCAGUGAAGCAAACAGCUGGGAGCCCGCGGACGCCUUCGAUUCACCGGAAACUCUGCUGGAAUGGGAGCGAAAGAAAAGAGACAUUGACCUGAGGAGGGUACCGCCAUUUGAUGUGGAGGCCUGGGAAAACCAUGUGCAACUCAUUAGAGAUAAGACAGCCCAACGCAAAGCGAGACGCAGAGAAAAGAGACGCCGGCUGGCCCUUCGCUCGCCCAGUCCAGAUUCUGGGCAGCCAGCAGAGGCAAGUGGCUUCACUGCAGGCAUCGGAAGCAAACGCAAAUUCGCCGCGACCUCGAUCGCCUCUGACCAGUCUCCGGAGCUCUUUGUCCCCCUCGAAGAUUCUCCAGCAUUCGUCACCCAGGGCGCCCCGGAGCCGGUCUCUUCAACUGUCUGCAGCUCUUCAUCGGAGACACCUCUGGUGGAUGGAAAGCCAUCCAAUGCCCGCCCUCCAGCGCAGCUACCCAUGGUGCCACCUGAGAAGCCCCCGCUGGUGGGCUUCGGUACGGGCAAUAAGCAUAACAAGCGAGUGAAACCCAAUAGCUGGGACGAGCCGACGCCAGAUAUCACGCGGCUUGAGCUGAGGAAGCCAUCAGAGUUUCCAGCAAGGACGGGUCAUAAAGGCAGUUCCUACCUUCAAAUCGGGUCUUCUGGUAGAGCGCCACCCACCUCCAACACACAGAAUGAAACGCAACUGAACGCAACCCCUUCAGUGCAACCGCAACCUACUCCCGAGGAUACUCGAGCGAUCAUCACAUCGACUACUCUUUCAUCUCCGACAACCCUCAUUUCACCUGGUACGAGGCCUUCGCGUGCGGAUUUAGACAUCUCGUCAAGGGCUAUCGAACCGCGGAACCGCGCAAGACCCUCUCGCCAGCUGAGCGACAGAAUCGGUCCCUCCAGACAGCGCGAGUCGCGGGAUAGUUAUGAUAACUACAGACCAGGAGGUCUCUUUCGCGAAUCACCUCCUCUCAUGGAUUCAUAUAGGCCUCAACGCGAUGAUGGCUUUCUCCCGUCUCAAUUCAAUUCUCCCAGACCGGAGAGGUACGACCCAAGGUUUCCACAACCGUUGUCUGCCAACGAUGAAGCCCCUUCGGUUGAAGAGCAAAUCAAACGGAUGCCUGUUCCGUCACGUCGCCAUGGCGCAAGAUUUUUUCAACAAAAGGGCUAUAAUUACUUCUGUAACCCAGGCGAAGUCCUUGCGCAAGUGUAUGUGGGGCCUCAAAAGAAGUAUGUCGGGCCUGUUAGACUGUGUGGUGCUUCAACACAUAGAGAUGUCAUUGCCCAGCUUGUGAAGAACAACCGAGGUCUUCAGCUUGAAGUUUGGUUCAGGUAUUUGUGCACGUUUGAAGAGUACAGCGAUCUGUGUCCAAAGGUGAGCGACUCGAUUUACCAUAUGAGUUCAUUUUCGUCUCUAACGGCAGCUGGAAGCACCCAAGGCAGGUGGAGUGCAACGCUUGGGCAGAAGGGUUCCCUGACACGAACCGAGCGCUCGUCGAAAUGGCAGAGUAUCUCCGUGAAAGACGCCGGGUAG